AUGACCUAUGACCUGGCGAGUGCGAUGGUGCGGAUCGUGAAUCUCAUCGGGAUGAUGCUGCUGCUGUGCCACUGGGACGGUUGCCUGCAGUUCCUGAUUCCAAUGCUGCAGGACUUCCCUCAGGACUGCUGGGUCUCCAAGAACAACAUGGUGAACGACACGUGGGGCCAGCAGUACUCCUUCGCACUCUUCAAGGCAAUGAGUCACAUGCUGUGUAUCGGCUAUGGGCAGCAGGCCCCCAGCGGCAUGACGGACGUGUGGCUCACGAUGCUCAGCAUGAUCGUGGGCGCCACCUGCUAUGCCAUGUUCAUCGGCCACGCCACGGCACUUAUCCAAUCCCUGGACUCCUCGCGCCGCCAGUACCAGGAGAAGUACAAACAAGUGGAACAGUACAUGUCCUUCCACAAGCUGCCCGCAGACAUGCGACAGAAGAUCCACGAUUUCUACGAGCACCGCUACCAGGGCAAGAUGUUCGAUGAAGAUAGCAUCCUGGGAGAGCUGAGCGACCCGCUAAGAGAGGAGAUCAUCAACUUUAACUGUCGGAAGCUAGUGGCGUCGAUGCCUUUGUUUGCCAACGCAGACCCCAACUUCGUAACCUCCAUGCUGACCAAGCUGCACUUCGAGGUGUUCCAGCCCACAGACUACAUUGUGCGUGAGGGCACUGUGGGCAAGAAGAUGUACUUCAUCCAGCACGGCGUGGUCAGCGUCCUCACCCGGGGCAACAAGGAGACCAAGCUGUCUGACGGCUCAUACUUCGGGGAGAUCUGCUUGCUGACCCGGGGCCGGAGGACAGCCAGUGUCCGGGCCGACACGUACUGCCGGCUCUACUCGCUCUCCGUGGACAACUUCAACGAGGUGCUGGAGGAGUACCCCAUGAUGAGAAGAGCCUUCGAGACCGUGGCCCUGGACCGGCUCGACCGCAUCGGAAAGGAGAACUCAAUUUUGCUUCACAAGGUCCAACAUGAUCUGAACUCCGGUGUCUUCAACUACCAAGAGAAAGAAAUAAUCCAGCAGAUUAUACAGCAUGACCAUGAGAUGGCUCACUACACACACCUUCUGCAGAACCCUGCUCCUCCCGUUUCCACCUCGAUGCCGGUCAUCUGGGCUCCGCUUAUUCAAGCGCCCUUGCAGGCUGCCGCCGCCACCACCUCAGUGGCCAUCGCCCUGACAGACCACCCCCGGCUGCCAGGAGCACUGGUACACCAGCCUAUGUCUGCGCUGGGGUCUUUGGGACAGCAGUCGCCUCGGAAGUUAAAGAGGUUUCACUCCUUGGUGCCCACCACUGAACACUCUGCAGCUAGCUCUCCCUCCAGCGCUCCAUCCCAGCUUCAGACACCAGGAGCGGACAGCUCUUUUCAGGCUUAUUUCCAGGCUCACCAGCCUCCAGUGGCCUCUGAUAGUUUGAGCCAGUUUAAUCAUCCCUCAGAUUCUACCAGCUUGAGCCAGCUCCAUCACCCUUCCAUGGGUUCACCAUCCCCCCACCCCAACAGUGGUUCCUCCAUAUUCACCUUCAACCAGUUACAGCAGUCCACCUCUGUAUCCCCUCACUCAAGCCUGACUGGGCUUCAUCAGCACUCUAGCAACACCCCACCUUUAGGAUUGGGGAUCUUCCAGCAGAGAGCUUCCGGUUCUCCUGCCGCUGCCAGUUUCAGCUCCUUACCCUCUAGCUCCCCUGGUUCCCUGCUUGACCAGCUCCCACCACCAUCUAGGCCUCCUCAGGUAAGAUCCCUCCAGCAAUUUGAAGGAGGAGGCAGGACUUCUUCAAGUGGUUUGAACUUGUUCCAGACUCUUCCGUCCGGCUCGCCCUCUUCCAGUCAGAGGCAGCUGACACAAGUAGGUCUGGGUUCUUCUUCUUCACUGCUGCAGCACGGCUUGGCAGGACUGCACUCAGGGUCCAUAGCUCAGCUCCAGCAGGAGAGGUCAGCCCUUUCCUCCUUAGCGCAUGGCUCUGGCACUGCUUCCCCAUGCUUCACGCCUCUGGCCCCCAGCCCCACCAUGCAAAACCCAGUAGCUGGGAGAACUUUCCAGUUCAGUGGCCCAUCUAGCAUAUCUGGUUCCCACAGCUCCCUGCUCAUGACACAGACCUCGAGUCCCGUUCAACCCAUCAGCCAACCCAGAGGCACCCAGCCUUCCUCAGUAGGACGCUUCUCCCAGGACAUCAAACUGAUCUCUGCCUCCCAGUCCUCUCUGCCACAGGAGGGAGCUCAGGCCAUGAGCCAGGGCUUGACACACUCCUCCAGGGAGUCCAUCUCCAGUUUCACCCCCUACUCCACACAUAGCCUCCUGGGCAAACCCUGUAGCUCCAUCCCUCGCCAAAUGACUCUUCCCAGGCAGACGUCCUCAGGAUCCGUACCUCAGACACACAUUACCAGGGCUUCCCCGCCAAUCGCUGUUCCACCAAGGAAGGAUCCCACAGUGUUCCCAUCUGAACUCGAGCCAGUGCUCUCCAAAUUACCCUCCAAUUUGUGAGGUUUAUUCAAACUCGUCCUCACCACCUCUCGUAAAAAAAAAAAAAAAAAAAAAAAAAAAACUUCCCAUGUGAUUCAGUUUCCUAUAGACUUCACUGUGUUCUGUUUAUUUAUUUCUUUUCUUCCAGUAUAACUGUGAUUUAAAGUUAACCAGGUGACUUAGAACUCUAGUUUUGUUUAUUUCUUUUCAGCUUGUGAUUAUAAACUAUUUUAUAAUUGGUGUUGUAAAGAUACAGUAUGGCAAAUAAUACAGAAUGAAAAUAAGAGGAAGAAAACUGUGAUGCAAGGGUGUG